AUGCACGAAUACAAAAAGCACAGGCUGUUCUUUUACCAAUACCGAUUUAUUUAUCCCUUUCUCUAUUGGUCCCUAUCAUUUUCCACAUUUUCUUUUCUUUCUUUCUCUAGUUUUAUAACUUCAUUUUUGCCUUUUUUUUAUUCUCUGAACCUCGUUUUCAUCUCAUUGGUAACCUUUUCCCUUUUAACGCUUUUUCUCUUGCUAUCUCUUCUUUUUUUUUUUUUUUUUUUUUUCUUACCUAAUAUUUACGCCUUUUCUCUUUUUCUCUAUUCUUUACGCGCUUUUUCUUCUUACCCAAUUUUUACGCUUUUUCUUUUUAUCUAUUCUUUACACUUUUUCUCUCGUCUCUUUCUUUACACUUUUUCACUUAUCUAUUCUUUACGCUUUUUCUCUUCUUUCUCUUCUAUACUCUUUUUUUGCCUAUUCUUUAUGCUUUUUCGCUUCUCAUCAUUUCUUUACGAAUUUCUCUUUUCUCUUCUCUACGCCUUUAUUUCUUACCUACACUUUUUAUAUUUUUUACUAUUCUUUACGUCUUUUCUCUUCCUCAUCACAUUCUCUACGCUUUUUUCCUACCUAAACUUUAAGCUCUUUCUAAUUUUAUUUAUUCUUUACACUUUUUCUCUUCUUACCUCUUCUUUAUGCUUUUUUUUCUUCUUACCUAUUCUUUACGUCUUUCUCUUCUUACUCUUUCUCCCUAACAUUGGUUUAUUAUUUUUCCCUUUACAUCUCUUAUCGAUUCGCCUACACCGUUUAUUUCUCCGUUCCUUCUUCUUCGCUUAUCGUCGUGACCAGAAACCAUUUAACCAAUUGAAAGCUGUUUUGAACAAGCGACUCUAA